ACACAUGGAUCCCGACCCCCGUAAUCUCGACGCAAAAGCGGCGAACGCCACAGCCGUUGCGGCGAGCUGCCACGUGGUGGUGGUUCCCUACCCGGGCCGCGGCCACAUCAACCCCAUGAUGUGUCUGUGCCACCUCCUCGCGGCCCACGGGGCCGUCGUCACCUUCGUUGUCACCGAGGAGUGGCUUGCCCUCCUCCACGCCGCCGACGCCGUCCCGCCGCCUGCCGCCGUCCGCCUCCGCACCAUACCUAACGUCAUCCCUUCCGAGGCGGGCCGCGGCGCCGACUUCCCUAGCUUCCUCGAGGCCGUCUAUACCAAGAUGGGCGACCCCUUCGAGCGCCUCCUCGACGAGCUGGAUCUCCCGCCGGCCGCGAUCAUCGCCGACUCGUACCUGUCGUGGGCGGUGGCUGCCGGCAACCGCAGGGGCAUCCCGGUGGCCUUGCUGGUCACCAUAUCCCCCGCCGCCUUCUCCGUUCUCUACCACUUCGACCGCAUCCCUAGUCAUCUGCUGUCUCUGGUGGCUGUGUCCGACCACGUCGCAGGAGAAGAGUUUUUGGGACAGUGGGUUCCUGGCCUAAUUUCAUUUAGAUUAGCUGAUGUCAAGUCCAUCUCAAUGGCGACGACACUAAAAAGAGCAUUGGAGUCUGUCUAUUGGGUUCUAAAAGCACAAAUCAUUCUCUUCACUUCAUUUUAUGAGCUCGGGCCUCGUGUAAUUGACUCGCUACGAUCAGAGCUCUCAUGCCCUGUGUAUUCUGUGGGCCCUUGUAUUCCUUACAUGAUGCCGCAAGUGAACAAGUCAAUUCCAUGCAGUGGCAACGAUGUCGACUACUUCAGUUGGCUCGAUUCCCAGAAGGAGCGAUCCGUACUUUAUGUCUCGUUGGGCAGUUUCCUCUCAGUCCUGGAAUCUCAGAUGGAAGAGAUUGCAAUGGGCUUACGUGCCAGUGAAACCAAGUUUCUGUGGGUUGCUCUUGGCAACUCUCCAAGAAUGCAGGAGGUAUGUGGUAAAUCGGGCUUUGUCGUGCCAUGGUGUGACCAGUUAAGGGUCUUGCAUCAUCCGUCGGUUGGAGGAUUCUUGACUCAUUGUGGGUGGAAUUCAAUACUAGAAGCCAUAUUUGCAGGGGUUCCAAUGCUCACUUUCCCCAUAGCGUGGGAUCAACCACUUAAUAGCCGACUUGUAGUCGAUGAAUGGAAGAUUGGUCUCAGUUUGAAGGAAGAGUUGCGGAAAGACAACAUUGUUGGAAGAGAUAAUGUUGCCAUGCUUGUCAAGAGACUCAUGGACUCGGACGGUGGCGUCGAGGGUAAAGAGAUGAGGAGAAGAGCAAGAGAACUGCAGACGGCUUCUCUUAAAGCGAUCGAGGAAGGUGGUUCAUCACACGGUAGCAUCAUUUCUUUUCUAAAAGGACUUAAGCAGUGCAAAAACUGAAUAAUAUAUAUUCUGCUUUGUAAGACUAUUUACGGAAAUAUUGCUCUUAGGUUGUGAUUUGUCUUUCUAAAACCUAAGGCCAAGGACUUCACUUGAGGAUGAUGCAUGUCAGCUAUGAAUGUGCUAGGUGUGUUGAAUUGCUACACAUGUGCAUCAGCUAUGACUUGUAUCAAACUUCUGUUUAUGCAUUCUCUGUAUCUGCCAACAUUGAAUGGUAACGUUUGUCGGAUUGAUGACUC